AACACAGGUUGGACUACCCAACGGUGGCCCAAAGUUGUCUUAGCAGAUCUUCGGUUAGCGAGAUCAAUGAAGCUUCGCCUAAAAUUAUCAAGCGCAUAAAAACGUACGAGAAUAACUGCACAGUCUCCUGCAAAUCACGCACCAAAAUCUUGUUGCAUUUCAAAGCUAUUCAGAGUAUCCAUGGACUCAACCGAUAGGUCCUUCAAUCCCAGCAAACAUCUCAAAGAACAGUAUGCGCUAACAAAAUCUGCAUUUGUGAGCAACUUAACAGGAUCUUCCAAGCUCGAAAUCUCCCUUCUACUCACGACUUUCUCCGUUCUGAUUCUUAUACGGCGUUGCAUCGGCUUCAAUUACGACACUACCGGCCCCAUUAAGAAAAAUGAUGCUUCUUCCGACUGUAACAAGAAUUUGAGAGCGUAUAUUGCAGCACUGGUUGUUGAUUCUACCUGCAUUGUUGUUCCAUACAUCUUAUUUUUGACUGUUCUGGCAGAAUGGACAUGUAUAACUGCAAUUUCGAUGAUUUUGCUUCUCCUUUUCAUGAUAGCAGUUAAAAGAAAUGGAUCUUCUUUUCUUCAGGAACGCAACAUGGACUCCAUUAGGGCAAAUAUCUCCACGUACAGAGUUUCUAUGAUGCUUGUUACAUGCCUCUGUAUUCUGGCUGUCGAUUUCAAGAUAUUUCCAAGAAGAUAUGCUAAAACGGAGACCUAUGGCACUGGCUUGAUGGAUCUUGGGGUUGGUUCAUUUGUGCUAGUGAAUUCCUUGGUUUCACGAAAGGCACGUGGCAUCUCAAAUAUGACAGUGAGAAAUGCACUCUGUUCGACGAGUCCUUUAAUUUUUUUAGGAUUUGCUCGACUUAUUUCCACAAGAAGCGUGGAUUAUCAGGUUCACGUUGGAGAAUAUGGAGUCCAUUGGAAUUUCUUUUUCACUCUUGCUGCUGUGUCUAUUCUGACAUCCAUAUUUAAUGUUCCUCCACAUCAUUGUGGAACUCUAGGCUCCCUUAUCCUCAUAGGGUAUCAAGUUUUCCUGUCAAGUGGGUUGAACAAGUAUCUGCUUUCUGAGAAAAGGGGAACAGACUUGAUGAACCAGAAUAAGGAAGGAAUAUUUAGCAUAUUUGGGUAUUGGGGUAUGUAUCUUAUUGGUGUUCGAAUAGGAAACUAUCUUUUCUUUGAGAACAAUGUUGAUACUAUGUUGAGAAACAAUAAAAGGACAAGAACUAGAGUUUGGUUCCUUUGCUUCUUCUUCUGGUUAACAACUUUGUUUCUGGAUUGGCAUGUAGAAAGAGUCUCCCGCAGAACGUGCAACUUGGCGUAUGUUUCUCUCGUUUUGGCUAUAAACCUUCAGGUGCUCUCCAUUCUGAUGCUGUCCGAUUAUUUGCCUGGAGGUAAAGUUUCAGCUAUGGAAGAAGCAUUUAAUCGAAAUUUACUCGGAUCUUUUCUUCUGGCCAACAUCCUCACAGGAUUGGUGAAUUUGUCUAUCGAUACCUUGCUUGUUCCACCAAUCUUUGCUCUAGCAAUCUUGUUUGCCUACGGAUUCAUUUUAUCUUUUGCUGUUGGAUUUGCAGAUUUUCUUGGCAUUAAGUUGAAGUUUUGGUAGUCAAGCAUAGGCUUGUUAUUUAUUUAUGUGUUAUAAAGCAGAUCUUUUUUAAACAUUUCAGGAAAGAUUCGAUAUGAGAAAAUCAAAUGGCUAAAUUUCAGAAACCUUUCCGGGAUUUAUGUUAAUUUUAGAGACACCACCUCUUGUUUUAAAAA